AUGGAGCUUAUGUCCUCAGGUUCUCAAUCAGCUGGGGAUGAUAGGGAUUUCAAAAUGGUGACUUAUGUGAAGGGCCUUUAUGCUCUUAAUGAUGCUUUUGCUGAUCCCGUAUCUACCGAGAUUGAGGCAAAAUUUGACGCUUGGAUUGGUGAAGGAUUGCUUAAACAUCCUAGGCAUUAUAAUUGUUAUGAAGACGGCGCAAAGAAAUUUACCCCGGGUUUUAGGCUAGGUGUUGAUUAUGUUGAGGAUAAAACUUGGUUUUAUCAUUUGGCCACAUGCGACAUGUUUAUGAACGACUCGCAUAUGAACACCAUAUUCUAUUACCUUCGGAAAAAAGGUAAAUAUUCUUCCGCUGUGACGUUGAAUUUCGCAACUACUGAUUGUCUGUUUGAUGAUUCCAUCCAAGCAUUGUACCACAAAUAUAACAAGGCCAAGUCAAUGAAGACUAAGAUGUCACACAUUCACGCUGCCCACCCAAUAGCGCAUUACAUCCGAGGUAUGCGCAUUCCCUGUUCCAAGCCUUGGUAUGAAGCCGAUCAUGUGCUAUUCAUCAUCAAUUUAAGAAGGGAAAGUCAUUGGGUUUUUGGGCGUCUUGACUUGAACGAAGGGACGUUGUUUCUGUACAAUUCUUUGAGGACCGCGAAGAUGAAUGCCGCAGCUAGGAAUGCGAUGAAGGCUUAUUCCGUGUUGCUGCCUUUGUUUUUCGAUUUACUUGGGUUCUGGAAGAAUAGAGCACAAGCUCCUGCCUCAGUUUCUGACCCUACAGCUCCAUUCAGAAUCGUGGAGCUUAGUGGUCUUGCGUCUCGACGAAGAAGUGAGUGUUUCUUUUAAGUUUCUUUUAUGUUGUUUUUUAGUUUCUAAACUGUUUACUUUUUCUUUCUGUUUUUUAUAGUGAUUGCGGGGCAUAUGUUGCUGCCUUUGCUGAAUUCUUUAUCCACGGAAAGGAUGUCCCUGCAGACUUUGACAUCGAAGUUUAUCGUACCCGACUUGCUUCACUUUUCUUCUCGUACGGCCAAAGGAAAAUUGACGAAAGCAUUGACAGCGAGGAUGAGAAGCAAAGCAAGUCUUCUAAGGCAUCUAAAUUGAAGAAAUAGGAUCUUUUAAUUUGGUGGCUCUUUUCUGUUAUUUGUUGAAUCUAUUACCAGACAAUUUUUAGUGUUGUUGUUUCAAUGUAGGUAUUAUAUUUGAUUUUAUACUAUGUACCUGGUUUAAAACUUUUAGGAUAUUUGACAUUUACUCCUUAUAAUAUCUUUAUUGUAUAGGUUUGUAUGUCCCAAAGUUGUUUGUUUUUUUUUUAAUUGUUCAAGUUCUUAUAUACGGUCGCACAACUAUGGAGAAACUAUUAACCAACUGAAUACAAACUAUGUUUUUAUUUUUCCUAAAUUGUGCUAUGAAUGUAUUUUUAUUCUUCGUAUUCCAUUAAUCCUUUUCCCUUUAUUCAAGUUAUGUUUUAUCAAUUAUUGACUGACUGCCUUUAAAACUGUAAAGAAGAAGUCAUUCCGGUACUUAAUAUUUUACAAAGGGUCGCAACUGUAACAAAACGAUUUUGAAACUAUUAAAAAUCUAUUUCAAAUUUCAUAAAAAUGAAAUCCCAUGUAUUUAGAACAUCACAGAUCAACCUGUUUGAAUUUGCACACAAAAUUAAACAAUUCAAAUAUUUCAUAUGUAUCUAUUUUAUUGCUUGAUUGUUGCAUGUCUUUCGAUUGUGUUCGUGUUGUUCACAUUUGCUGCACCUGUUAUGUUUUUUUGUAUCCCAUUCAGAUAAAAACCUUCGUUUCCUUGGUCUUCCAGAUCUUAUUUUUUGGUUUGGUGGCAGAACAAUGAUAUCUUUUAUGUUUUGUGGCACAUCCCAAGUUGUGUGAUUGUGUACCGGAUAUGUUGAGCCGCUGUAUGUUUCAAGCCAUGUUCGCGUGGUGUAAUAACCCGAACAGUAGUUGUAAACAUUCAAGUUCAUCUCUUUUAUAACAGCAAGCGCAUGAGCACACGGUAACUCAUCAAGUUGGAAUCUGUUGCAACUGCAUGUUUUCUCCUUGAGGUUGAUGACCCAUGAUCUGGUUAGUUCAAUGACUUCGAACAUGGUCUCGUUUAUUGGUUUUACCUGCGGAUUAAGUGUAAAACUGUUAAUAUGUAUAACAACGACAAACAAACUAUUAAGAAACUAUAAUGCAACUAAAAUAUUAAACAUUUCAUUACACUUUCUGUCAAUGAGUCCACAAAGUUAUCAACUAAUUUCUUCUCUGCUGUAGGUGUUAAAAAUGUUGUUGUUUUCUGUGCUUUUUUCCUGUUUGUGUAUGUCCAUUGUUGAAUCAAUGCUCUCAAUGACUCCAUCAGUGUUGUGAUUGGUAGCUCUCUAGCUGCCAAGUUUGCUGCAUUUAGAGAUUCAGCAAUGUUUGAAGUCAUAGUUGAAUACCUGUUGUUUUUGCAGUGGUAUCUUGACCAUUUGUGGUAUCCAACUUGUUGUAAAUAUGGUCUUACAUGGAUGUCUAAGCUGUCCAACUC